AUGAAAUUCUUCGCCGUCGUCGUUCUCGCUCUCGCAACCGCCGUCAUGGCUGCUCCCACUCCUCUCGAUAACUCGAACCUCGUCGGUCGUGAAGCUGCAGUUGAAGCUCGAGAGGCCCUCCCACAGAGGCCCUCCUUGCUGGUAAGACGUGGUUGA